GGGUUUGGCUCCGGGGCUCAAUGGAAACUGGGUGAACGCCGGGCUGUGCCGAGCACACGCCGGCUGGAGGGGACGGCGAGCGGGCGGGAGGCGGCAGGCAGCGCCGCGCCGCGCCGAGCCGAGCGAAGGAGGGACGCGCCGGGCACGGCCGCCACCAGCCCUCCCCAAUCCUCCGUCAUCCUCCCCGCCGCGGCCGCCUGGCCCCCUGACAGCCGGCGGAGCAGCAUCCCCACACGGCCCCCUUCCCGUCAGGCACGACUAAACCAUGGAGCUUCGAGUGGGAAACAAAUACCGGCUGGGCAGAAAGAUUGGCAGUGGUUCGUUUGGAGACAUUUACCUAGGAGCCAAUAUUGCGACUGGUGAAGAGGUGGCCAUCAAACUGGAAUGUGUCAAAACCAAGCAUCCUCAGCUCCACAUUGAAAGCAAGUUCUACAAGAUGAUGCAGGGAGGAGUGGGUAUCCCCUCCAUUAAGUGGUGUGGAGCAGAGGGAGACUACAAUGUGAUGGUGAUGGAACUCUUGGGGCCCAGCCUGGAAGAUCUCUUCAACUUCUGUUCCCGCAAAUUUAGUCUCAAGACAGUUCUGCUGCUGGCAGACCAGAUGAUCAGCCGUAUUGAGUAUAUUCAUUCCAAGAACUUCAUCCAUCGGGAUGUCAAGCCAGACAACUUCCUUAUGGGCCUUGGCAAAAAGGGCAACCUAGUAUAUAUCAUUGAUUUUGGUUUGGCCAAGAAGUACCGAGACGCCCGGACCCACCAGCACAUCCCUUACCGGGAAAACAAGAAUCUGACUGGCACAGCCCGUUAUGCCUCUAUCAACACCCACCUGGGAAUUGAACAAAGCCGCCGUGAUGACCUGGAGAGCCUGGGUUAUGUGCUCAUGUAUUUCAACCUGGGCUCGCUGCCCUGGCAGGGCCUCAAGGCUGCCACCAAGCGCCAAAAGUAUGAGAGGAUCAGCGAGAAAAAGAUGUCAACGCCCAUCGAGGUGCUCUGCAAAGGGUACCCUUCUGAGUUCUCAACAUACCUCAACUUCUGCCGUUCACUGAGGUUUGAUGAUAAACCUGACUACUCGUACCUGCGGCAACUCUUCCGCAACCUCUUCCACCGCCAAGGCUUCUCCUACGACUACGUCUUUGACUGGAACAUGCUAAAAUUUGGAGCAGCCCGGAACCCUGAGGAUAUGGAUCGGGAGCGGCGAGAGCAUGAGCGAGAGGAGAGGAUGGGGCAACUCCGAGGGUCAGCCACGCGAGCGCUGCCCCCUGGCCCACCUGCCGGAGCCACUGCCAACCGUCUUCGCAAUGUCACCGAGCCCAUGGCCUCCACCCCCACCUCCCGAAUCCAGCAGUCUGGCAACACGUCCCCCAGAGCAAUCUCAAGAGUGGAUAGGGAGCGGAAGGUCAGCAUGAGGUUACACCGAGGAGCUCCUGCCAACGUCUCCUCAUCUGACCUCACAGGGCGGCAAGAAGUGUCACGGAUUUCAGCAUCACAGACAAGUGUGCCAUUUGAUCACCUUGGGAAGUGAGGAGCAAUUGCCACUGGACCAGUGUUUGCUUAGUGUCUUCACUGUAUUUUUCUUUUAAAAAACAAAAAACCCAAAAAACAAACAAAAACCUAAAAAAAUAAUAAAAGACAAAAAAACAAACAAACAAAAAAACCCAACAGAAUUUCUUUUUGCCAACGAUGAGGAGUCGAGCUGUGCCCCUGUGCUGGUGUGAGCCGUUUCCAGAGGGCCACCUGUCCCCGGCGUGAGCGCCUCCGAGGAGCUGUCGACGUGGGAGCCGUGUGGGAACACCUGCACUGCCCCCCAGCCCCUACUGCUGCCCCCACUGGCUACCCUCAGUUCCCUCUCCUGACUCUGCUCCUGGUUUUGAUUUAUUUUUUUUUCUUCUCCUGCUUUAAUUUUUUUUUUUUUUUAAUAAUAUUGUUUUCAAAUCAUAUGGUUUCUAGCCAUAUAAAUUUAAACUUUGCUCUCCUUUUUUUCUGAGGGCAGGGGUUGGUGGUGGGUGGGUGAAGUAUUUUUUUGGUCUUUUUCUUUUGGUUUUGUUCUUUUCAGGAGCCUUGUGGGCCAGGAGGGAAUCAGAUUCCAGCCACACGUGAUGGUAGAAGUCUGAUUUUUAUUAUUAUAACGGAAUUUAUUUUCUCAAGCAUUAAACACAUUUUAAGCUGUGAGGGGAAUUGUGGCAACAGCCUAAUCAUUGACUCGGGCUUCCUUUCCUUGGGUGGCUUCUCUGCGGUUUCUUUUCUGGCUGUUGGGAGAAGUGCCAGCCUUCCCUGUUCCAAGUGGUCCUCACACGCUGAGGGAUCUCAUUGGAGAGGCACCUGGUCCCAUGGAGGAUGGGAUUGUUGGAGCUGACACAGGGAGAAAUAUACUUCUCAUCCCUGCAGCGGGGUCUUUAUUUUUUUUUUUUGUCUGGCUGUGCGUGUUUUUCUAUUUUUAUUUUUUAAUUAAAACUUGUUUUAAUUCCUGCGGAGAGAGUGUGGGACUUGAGGAGAAGAGAGGGGCGCACAGAAACUGGAGUUUGGAGUUCUUUCAGAGCAAUGGUUCUUGCUCUCUCCUUUCCUCAUGCAACCCCAAGUAAGAUCCACCAAUACAUGCACAAUCCCCUCCUGCCCUCUCCCACCCGUCUCCCCCCUCCUUUCCCCCCCCCACUUUAGUUUUUUUUAAAUAUAAUUUAGGAAUACUCAAGCUGCUUUGUGGCACUUGGGCUUUGAAACACAAUGAUCACCACUGCGACCUAUGGCCUGUAGCAGACACACUGUCACUGUAGUGUGGAGCCGAUGGGUUGUUGGCAGGGCGGGGAGGGUGGGGUUAGUCUUUGUUUUGUUUGUUUUUACCCUUUCUAUUUAACACUUUAUUUUUCCUCCCUGUUUUUUUCCUAAUUUAUUUACCCCUCUUACUGUCUCUCUCUUUUUUUUAAUUAAAGAGCAAAACUUUUUAUUACUUUGUAAUUUAAAAAAACAAAAAAAAAAACCUGAAGAACUUUGGGGGGGAUUUUGUACUUUUUUCCUGUGUAAAUAUUGGACUUUUUUGAGCUUUAUCGUGGUUGUUAAUUUGAAGUAAUAAAGUAGAAAAUGAUAAAGUGAUGCCAGCAUCUGUCAUUUUUUCCUUUAAUGACCCUGGCACCUUUGCUGGGAGUUGCAUCUUAGACACAGGACAUGGUCUUGUGGCUGAACCUCUUUCUGAAUUCCAGGAACAAGUUUGAUCAGAAUUACUGGAAAAAAAAGCACAGGACUG